AGUCAGACACCUCGGUAGCUUGCUAGACAAAAUAGACGCACCAAUAAAGCUCUUUAGACGCUUUAGUGUAUAUUAGCCACCGUGUUUUAAACCCACUCAUAUCGUCUAGUUAGUUAUCCAAUUACAUUUUAUCCAAUUUAAUUUCCUAUUUACGGUGUUGUUUAAGUUCAAGCUUGGUCAGCUAGCGGGCUGGUUAAGUUAGCAUUAGCCUACCUAGCUAACAUCUCCGACGAUGAGUUGUUCACUGAGCUACUCUCCUUCUAAAGAAGAGAUCUGCUGGACGGAGAAAGAGGGUCUGUGGCUGAACAUUGUUGUGAAAGAGGAGAAGGAAGAUGAGGAUGUCACAAUACAAAAACAAGUAGAGGGUGAAGCUGUUACAGUGAAAGAAGAGAAAGACGUUACAUUGGCAGUAGAUGAAGACGCGUUCAGAGUGAAAGAGGAGGAGGAUGUUACAGUAAAAGAGGAGGAAGAGAAAGAGGAGGAUGCAGUUUUUGGAGUGAAAGAGGAGGAGGGGGAGAUGACUGUCACAUCGAAAAAGGAGGAGGAAGAAGAGAAGGAAACUGGAUAUCUGGGCCCGGUUUCCCAAAGGCAACUUAAAGCGUCCAAUGGUUCUAAUGAUGAACUUAGCCGUAAGAUGGUUUUGAGAAACCGGUCCCUGACUAACACUAGAGAGAGACGUGACUAUUGUGGAUCCUCUGGGGAGCCUCAACGACCUCGUGAUGCUGAGGAGACAGAGAAGAGUCUCUCCAGAUCAGAACGUCUGAUAAAACACCGGCAGAGACCCACAGGAAAGAAACCUCACCACUGCUCUGACUGUGGGAAGAGAUUCACCUCUUCAGCUGACCUUAAAAGACAUCUGAGAAUCCAUACGGGAGAGAAACCUAAUAGCUGUGAUCAAUGUGGGAAGAGUUUUAGUGUUACAAGCAGCCUGAAAGCACACCAGAAAACACACACAGGAGAGAAACCUUAUAGCUGUGAUCAAUGUGGGAAGAGAUUUGUUACAUCUAGCAGUCUGACUAUACACCAGAGAAUACACACUGGUGAGAAACCUUAUAGCUGUGAUCGAUGUGGAAAGAGUUUUAAUGUUCCAAGCAGCCUGAAAACACAUCAGAGAACACACACAGGAGAUAGACCGUAUAGCUGUAGUCAAUGUGGGAAGAGUUUUACUUCAUCUAGCCAGCUGACUAUUCACGAGAGAACACACACAGGAGAGAAACCUUAUAGCUGUAGUCAAUGUGAGAAGAGGUUUACUCACUCAAGCAACCUGAUGGUACAUUUGAGAACACACACUGGAGAGAAACCUUAUAGCUGUGAUCAAUGUGCGAAGAGUUUUGUUACAUCUAGCUGUCUGACUAUGCACCAGAGAACACACACAGGAGAGAAACCUUUUAGCUGUGAUCAAUGUGGGAAGAGUUUCACUCAGGCAAAUAUCCUGAUUGCACACCGGAGAACACACACAGGAGAGAAACCUCAUAGCUGUGAUCAAUGUGGGAAGAGUUACUCUGGUAAAAGAUCUCUGAUAAAACAUCAGAAAGUACAUACAUGAAGGACUUGUUUCAUGAUAUCAAUGAAAUAAUGUCACAAUGUAGAAUGUUUUAACAUUGUAGUAGGAGUAUUUUAAUGAGGUCACAAUGUAGAAUGAUUUAACAUUGUAGUAGAAGUAUUUUAAUGAUGUCACAAUGUAGAAUGUUUUAACAUUAUAGUAGGAGUAUUUUAAUGAUGUCAUAAUGUAGAACCCUAAACGUUUGCCCCCUGUUCUAUUGAUUUCAGCAUGAUAUGGAUAUGAGCUUCAUCAGGGGAAAAAUUCAGGGUCUGAAAUGAAAGAGUACUAUUUAUGUGAUUAACAUCAUGUUGUGUUAGACUUACCUCGUCGGGGACCCACUUGAAUCAAAAUGCAACACUUCAAAAUGUAGCUAGCUGUUUUCUACAAAUUGUACUCUAACCAAUGAUGUACACAUUAUUCCCAGAUUCCUUGUGGUUUUUGAGCUGUUAGUUUUAACAGGAAGUGCAACCUCAUCUCCUUCUCUCGGCACAAUUGAUUUCAACGUGAUAUUUAUAUGAGUGAUGACAAAUAAGUGUUGUGUUCCUUUGCUUAGCGACCCCUAAAUGUAAAUGCAUCACUCCAAAAUGUAGCUGACUGUCUUCUGCAGGUUGUCCUCUAACCAGUGAGGUAAAAGAUAUCUCCCAUUUCCAUGUGUUUUUUUAGUUGUGUUAGCAUCAAUAGAAUGUUAGCCUGAUUUCCACCCUAAUAGAUAUAUCAGUGAUUUAUUGCCUCUUGUUGUUUCUGGAAAUUGCUUAUUGAUUCGGACAGGUUAAAACUGUGUUUUGACAUUGGGGCUAUCCCACCUAGCAACACCAAGGAAAGACUAUUCUGACAUCCAAUCUAAAUUCAUGACAUUUAUUUUGAAAGUACGUAUUUUUGCAGGUUGUUGUUUCAACGUACUUGCAGCAUGGAGGCUUUUAUAUAUAAAAAAACGGUAAAUGAACAGUUUUAUUAAUAAUCUGACAUCACUCCAGUUUUAUUAACAAUGAACAGUUUUAUUAACAAUCUGACAUCACUCCAGUUUUAUUAACAAUCUGACAUCACUCCAGUUUUAUUAACAAUGAACAGUUUUAUUAACAAUGAACAGUUUUAUUAACAAUUAACAGUUUUAUUAACAAUUAACAGUUUUAUUAACAAUUAACAGUUUUAUUAACAAUUAACAGUUUUAUUAACCAUCUGACACUCCAGUAUAUUUCUUUACUACAUUCAAGUGCUAAUUGUCUUUAUUCCACUACUGAAGAAGCAUGUCUCAAAUCACCUACUCAUAUUUCAAACAUUCGGCCUGACAAAAGAUAGUUUUUAUUA